AUGGCGGGAAAUUUUGAACUCCUAAACAUGAUAGGUUCUGGAACAUAUGGUGAAGCAUGGCUAGCGAAAAAUCUGAAGAAUGAAAAGAAAUGUGUCGUUAAAGUUAUCAAAAUUCUGAAGCUGUCUGAAAAGGAACUUGACAGAUCUCUGACUGAGGUCUCCAUUCUGGCCAGAUGCAACCAUCCCAACAUCAUCAGCUACCUGGAUGCUUACGUGUUGGAUGGUAACCUUAAUAUCGCUAUGGAGUAUGCAGACGGAGGUGAUCUACACAAAAACAUUGUUGGUCAAAAAGGGAUUCAUUUUGGAAAAGAGGUGAUUUUUGACUGGUUUGUCCAAAUCUGUCUGGCACUGAAGUACAUACAUUCCAGUAAUAUUCUCCAUAGAGAUCUGAAGUCCCAGAACAUCUUUCUGAACAGCAAGCGUGUCAUCAAACUUGGAGAUUUUGGGAUUGCAAGGAUACUACGUGACAGUGGUGACCAUGCUGUUACUACCAUAGGCACACCAUUCUAUCUGAGUCCAGAAAUAUGUCAACGUAAACCAUAUAACCACAAAAGUGAUAUGUGGGCAGCUGGAUGUGUGCUGUACGAAAUGUGUUGUCUACGCGUCCCGUUCAAUGCUCCAAACUUUGAUUCCCUUGUAAUGAUAAUUCUGCAAGGAAAGUGUGACCCCAUUCCAAGAUACUUUGGAGCUACUCUGGAGCACUUGAUCCACAGACUACUUAACAAGGAUCCAGACAUCCGGCCAACAGCCAAUGAGAUUCUUUCAAUGCCACAGCUGAGGUCCUACACAUUACGGUAUGAACAAGGAGAAGAUCACAUGCGAUGUUCGAUCACAGAAAAAAUUGCUCAAAUUGUUUUACCUGAUGAUGGAAAAAACAAACCUUUAAAGUCAAACAAGGAUUCUUCAGAUGAGAAACAGGAUAUGAAGAAAUCGAGUGAAGAUAAUGUUAAUGUUUCCGCACCAAAAGACACAGACGUCCUAGAAGUUUCCAAAAGGAGAUCUCUAGAACGCAAGCAAAUUGAUAGUGCAUAUGCACCGAAAAAACCGGUUAAGGAGAAAAAAGUUUUGUCUAAAGGUGGUCAUGUUAAGGAAGUCCCUCGACCAGCGAAAAAGAUACCUCUGGCGAAAAACAACUCCCAACUGGCUCUCCGUAAAAUGUCUGUAAACAAGAUGGAGGAGAAACAGAUUGAUAACUUCAGUAAACAGAAAUCUAGAGAGAAAAAGACGGUCAACGAUAACAUAAAGAGGGGAAAACCAUCAGCUGAUAAAGAAAAUGUUGAUCCCGGACAGCUAUCUGGUAAAACCUAUGCUGUGAAAAACCCAAAAUUCAGGCACCUGUCUCACGCUGCUCCAAGGAUCUGUAGCAUCAUCAGUCGCCAGAGGGCAGCACUGUCAGCAGAUCUUGAACGAACCAACAAAAAGGACUUAAAGGUAAUCAUACUGCCGAAUACAGAGGAGAAAUCUGGGGACUCUCUGGGGGAUGUGAGAACAAUGAUUGUAAAUGGUGACCUUGACAACAAUGAUGACGAAGUCUUUCAGAACACGUUAUCCAUGUCUGCAGAAAUACCAGAACGUCCAGUCAGAGAUGAAUCCUGUGGUCAGCAAGAAAAGAGGAAAUCCUUAGGGAUGCAGCCAAACUGCUGGAAGACUUACAUUAAAGGGAAGCAACUCCCGAGGAGGUCAACUUCCUGUGAAAAUGUUAAGUCUAAAAACACAGGACAGAAAAUUGGACAGAGGGCUAUGUCAGAUGGCAACAUCCAGGGAAAUGUGAGGAAAGUGAAUGAAAAAACAUACCUUGUAUCAAAACUGGCAUCUAAAGAAGGAGAUUCCAGAGUGGAUAAGCUCCCUCCAUCAGGAAAAAGGACUGUGGCUGUGUUUAUUGCCAAAACCUUAUACAACACCAUCCUCGACACCCAGUCAACACCUUCUGCUGCAGCCGGAGCUCUCUACUGCCACCUGGUGGAUGUGUUUGGUCAGAAGAGGGCUAAAGCAUUGGUGGAAUGUACAUCUCAGUGCCUGUCACAUCAGAAGGACUUCAGUGUUGUUCAGCAGGAAUACAGUGAUAAUGAAUUGGUGUACUUCCCUCUGGUGGUCCAGUACCUCGCUCAACAGAACGUCAUGGACUAG